GGAAGAAGUGCGUGGCUUGGUCCAAACCCGUGCUCAUGUGGGCUACAACCGGAAGAGAUCUUUUAUAAAAUCUGUUUCUCAUCAGAUUUCCGUUGCGACCCCUCUCCUCAUCGAACUGUCAGACACCCCCAACUUUCAGUAUUCAGCUUCACACUGACUAGUUUCGAUGAUUCGCAAACGGUAUCAAGAAGCCAAGACAGGUUUCCAACUGAUGAAAUCGAUGAAUGCCCAGAAGUAUUUGAAGAAAGUAGGACUGGGCAAAGAGGACUACUACUUCUGGAAACAAAUUGGCAAAGCUUUGUUAUGCACGUACACGAUAUUUGGUGCCGCCUGGCUCUACAACGAAACAUCACCGCUGGGUUGGUGGACGCUGAAGCCUCGGCCCAAGGAAGAAAAAGAAUUAGCCCACCUCUACGAGCGGCGAGAGUUUCCAUAUCCCGGUGAUGAAGAAGCAAUGCAAGAAUUCAUUGCCAAAGGGGGCAUGGUCGGCACCACAAUCGGUCCAAAAGGGUAUAUUGAAACGGAUAAGGAUGGGUUUAACUAUCAGAAGGAGUUGCAGAACAAGAAGUUCGAGCAAGAAGCUCAGAAGCUGUGGCUGAGAAUGAGGAAUGAGGUCAUUCAGGAGCUUCAAGAGAAGGGGUAUGAUGUGGAGUGAGCUUUUGUUUCGAGUUAUAUCAUGUCAGUGAAGCCUGAGUGAAUGCUGAAUGGAUUUGUGAAACAUUAAGCGCUGUCCUAUUUUAUAUUGUGAAAUGAAGGCUUAAAUAAAAGUUGAAUGCUUUUGUAGAA